AUGCCUUACACACCUCCCUCCCAGCUUUCGCCCGCAGCUUCGAAACGUCCCAGUCCUACCCCGAGCAGGUCUCACUCUUACAUCAAAGGACAAUUUCCAUCAUCCCCGGAGCAGCCUGCUUCCCCCGGUCGACCAAACCUCCCCCGUUCCAGCGGGUCGUCCUCCUAUCUCACCAAACACCGGAGAAGUCCCUCCUUGACCGAGGCUAAGAACGAUAUUGUAUAUAACGGCGAGGCCUUUCAAGAAAAUGGGACUUUUGACCCCCACGGUAGCAUCCGCAAGUCGCCUCCACCUGUGAACAAUGCAUUGAUACCCGCAGGCAUGACCAUCUCGCCCCCCGAAUCCUCCCACAACUCAAGCGAUGAUGAAGAGCCCCAACGUGGGAGAACGAGGGAUCUUGAGUUGGAGAAUCUGGAAGCAUUGCACGCUGCCAUCAGGUCAAUAGAACAAAGAAAAGAGGGCUCACCGAACAGAGCCAACCAAAAUGGCUCCACCACCUCAAAAGAAGAACCAGCAAGCUCCCAAGACGAUCGACAAGCUCAAUCGCCGAGUGCGGAGACGCAGAGGCCGCCUCUGUCGCAGGAAGCCCGCAAGAUCUCCCACUCUCGAUCGUCCACCGAGUCAAGCAUCGUCUUCGAGACCCCCACCAUCCAAACACCUCCUCCCCUAGAAAUUCCACAGCAGCCUGAAGAGAGUGACAGUGACGGGUCUCGGUCUCCCACUAAUCGUCCCCCAAUGGUCCGCAAGAAAUCGGGCGAACUGGUUCGUCCGGCUCUGCGACCAUCAUCCCGGAGACGGCCGUCGAGCAUGCCUGGCACUCCCACCUACUCGAAAGCGGUUCACUUCGACUCGCACCUCGAACACGUCAGACACUUUCUCCAAGUCGACAGACCGCUGGCAGUCAGUGCUGGGUCAUCACCUGUGGAAAACUAUGAGAGUGAGAAUGAGUUCCCCUUUGGAUCGGACGAGUCCAGUGCACGGCCCCGUGGGUCUCAGUAUGACUGGGAACUGCGGCUGGCAAACUUCCCAGCGGACACCGAACCGCGCAAAUCACAACCUGUCUUCGUGGAGAGGAUUUUCUUGUCUUCUGACCACAAGAACCUGAUCGGUACCGUUGCUGUUCAAAACCUCGCCUUCCAGAAACUCGUCGUCGCUCGGUUCACCUUCGACUACUGGAAAACCACCUCGGAGGUCGUUGCUGAAUUCAACAACGAUGUCCGUCGGAAACAAAACAAUGACGGACUUGAUCGAUUCAACUUCACCAUCAGACUAGCUGACCAAGCCAACCUGGAGAACAAGACAUUGUUCUUCUGUGUUCGCUAUACUGUCAAUGGCCAGGACUACUGGGAUAACAACGGUGGUUUCAACUACCAGGUUGAUUUCUCUAAGAAACCCAAAACCCAGCAGAGCAAGAACAGUAUGCCAGGACUUGGAGCGCGGCCGGUCAGUGCCUUACCUCGCAGUCGACCAUCGCCACCUACCUCUUCUGGGCGACCAAAGUCUUUGCCAACGUCAUUUGAUGAUUUCUCCACUGGUUUUGACAGCUUUGGAAGCUUUGGUCAAUCCGCAGGUUCUCUCAUGGGCGAGCCUAAGCUCAAACUGAGGAGCCCGCGGUCCAAGACUGAGCUCCUGUCAGAUGCUCCUUCGCGCCGUAAGCAAGGCGGAGGCAAUGCAUUUGGCAAUAGGUACGACUUCAACUCGUCACUGUCGGCUGCCAAAAACAACGCCUACGCGGUCUUGGGUGAACAAUCCGGCUUCUCUUCGAGGACAGAUACAAAGCAGUCUUCCCACGAGGUUCCUGCGGCCAGCCCUGCGAAGAGCGUAGCCACUGCUCCUCCCAGACACGACGUAGGCGUCAAUGGUUCUUCAGCCGCAGCUGCUUCUGCCGCUCCCGGCUCUGCGCCCAUGACAUCCAAGCCUGCCGCUUUGGUUUCAGAAAAGCCACCACUCACCUCUCAGUCCUAUCAGGAACUAGUGGACAAGUACUGCUUUGUAGGUGCCCGGGGAAACAGCGAGCAAGUCAAGACACAUUGA